AUGGCCGCGUCAAAUCCUAAGCUUCUCAUCAUCAACCCAAACUCUUCAGAUGUUAUCACACAGGCACUUGUCUCUAACCUAACGCCCCUAUGCCCACCCGGAAUUGAAUUAGAAUUCAGAACUGGACCUCCGGACGCACCUCCUAGUAUUAACGACCCACCCACCUCAAUCCUCUCCGCCGCUGCGACAUUCAAAGCUAUGGAGCCGAUAGAUCAGCAGCCAUAUGCCGGUUUCCUCGUAUGCUGCUUCUCCGACCACCCACUCGUCCACUGUCUUCGGCAUGCAGCACCCGAUAAGCCUUGCAUCGGUAUAUUUGAUGCAUCAAUCGUCCACGCUCUCCUUUCAGGAUCUAAAUUCGGUAUUCUGACCACUGGAGCGGCUAUGGUACCCGCUAUCGAUGCUGGGGUUGCAACGUUCCUCGGAGGUAUAAGCGGACGAUACGUUGGGUGUGUCGCCAGUGGGCUCGGAGUCGUGGAACUUCAGACAAGUUCGGAUCGUGGUGCGGUCGAAGGGCGUAUCAAGAAUGCUGCCGCUAAAGUCAGCGCACUAGGUGCCGAUGUCAUUAUUUUGGGCUGUGCAGGUAUGAGUGGGAUGGAAGAUUUGGUCAAGGCCGGAGUUACAGAGGCUGGCGGACGGCCGGUAACCGUGAUAGACGGCGCAAAAGCAGGUGUGCAAGUUCUGGCCGGACUUGUCAGAAGCCUGUAA